AUGUUUACUAAGAUCGUUUCUCCGGCAGUCCUGCCGUUACUAGCACCGAAGCCUUUCACAGUGGACGUUGAUCCAGCCGUCAUCGAAGAGAUUCGGGUUAAGGCCAGCAAGUUCCGCCAGACAGAGCCCAUCGACGCUCCCGCGUGGUUCGAUGGGGCCCCGACGUCAGAGAUCAAUGCGAUUGCGAAGUACUGGGCCGAAGAUUACGACUGGUCUAAAGUGCAGGACGGUAUCAACAAGAACUUCACACAUUUCUACACUACAGUUCCUUCGCCUGGAGGAAACUACGGCAGCAAUGAGUCACUGGAUCUGCACUUCAUUCACCAGCGCAGUGACCGGGACGAUGCGAUCCCUAUCCUGUUCCUCCACGGCUGGCCCUCCACAAGCCUAGAAUGGGAGAAGAUCAUCCUGCCCCUCACAAACCCUGAAGACGAUAGCCAACCCGCCUUCCACGUCGUCGCACCCGAUCUCCCAGGCUACGGCUUCUCCCCUGCACCGAAGGCACCCGGCCUCGGACCGGCCGAACACGCAACCGUCUUCGCCAGCCUAAUGGCACAGCUCGGAUACGACCGCUACGUCCUCUACAGUACCGACCUCGGCACGGUCGUCGCAAUGUCCUACAUCGUCGACUACGCCCCGCGCAUCAUUAACCAUGUAACCGACUUCUACAUCGUCUUCCCCUCAGACGCGGAUAAUGCGCGGCUCGCCGCGAACCAGACGACGCCCGAAGAAACUGCCUAUAUCAACCCCAUGAACACGUUCUUCACGAACCACUCCGCCUACUCCUCCAUCCACUCCACACUGCCGCUGUCACUGGCGUACGCCCUCAACGACUCUCCCGUCGGUUUCCUCGCCUGGCGCUACCAGCUCGCCUGGACCAUGUCAGACGUUUCGUACACGCCCGACGAGCUCAUUACGGAGACGAUGCUACUCUACCUACCCGGCGUCUAUGGCAACAUCCGCAGCUACAAGGAGCUCUUCGCGCUGACUGCCUUCACGCCGCGGGUCCCAUUCACGGUGCCAACGACAGUGUUACAGUUCGGCGAUACCUCGCAUUAUCCCGAGCUGGCGAACGUCAACUACGCGCCUCGGGACUGGGUGGAGAGGACGGCGAACGUGACGUAUUUCAAGCGGCAUGAGAAGGGCGGGCACUUCCCGGCGCUGAGCCAGCCCCAAGCUGUGAUAGAUGAUAUCAGGACUGCGCUUGCAUAG